ACACAAAUUUGCGCAUACGAUCCAUCAAUCGAGAAAGGAUCUUGCCACGGUGAUUCUGGUGGUCCAUUGACUGUCAAUGGAAAACUCGUUGGAUUAGUAUCCUGGGCGAAUGGUUGCGCCAGCACCAUUUACCCAACCGUCUACACACGUGUUGCCUCUUAUUUGGAUUGGAUUAAUAGUCAUGCGGUCUAAAUCAGUCCCACCGACAUCCUCUGUGACUAAAAUUAUUAAUUGAACUGUUA